UUCAUCAUCUGCUUCUACAGACAUGAAAACCACCACAAUUCCGGAAAUUAAGAUGUAUCUUAAGAUCGUUGCUUGUUUGAUUCUUAUGGCUUUUGCUUAUCGCAUCUAUUUCUUAAGUUUUCUUCAGAUUUCACCUGUCAUUCCGCUUGUUGCUGAUGAUGAUGAUGCCAGUAGUAUUAGUCCCUCACCGCCGUCUGUGGCCGCUAAUUUCACACUUUCCGGCCAAAUUCCGGCGAAUGUUACCGGAGAUGACGACAUGGUAGGUUCAUCAAGGUGUGAUAUAUUCGUGGGCGAAUGGAUUAGGGAUCCCAGCGGUCCACGAUACACCAACCGGAGCUGCCAUACAAUCGAACAUCAUCAGAAUUGUAUGAAAAAUGGGCGGCCAGAUUCCGGGUAUAUAUACUGGAGGUGGCGACCCCGAGACUGCGAGUUGCCGACAUUCGACCCCCAAAGAUUUCUGGAUUUAAUGAGGAAGAAAUCGAUGGCGUUCAUUGGCGAUUCAAUCUCACGUAACCAUGUCCAGUCCUUGCUUUGUGUUCUUUCUCAGGUGGAACAACCGAUCGAGGUGUACCACGACGAAGAAUACAGAAGCAAAAGAUGGUUUUUCGAUUCACAUAAGUUCACGCUUUCAGUAAUUUGGUCACCUUUUCUAACGCAAGCCAAAAUCUUUGAAGACAACGAUGGGCAUGCAUCAGGCGCAGUCCGACUCCAUCUCGAUGAGCCCGACUCGGAAUGGGCCAACGAAUUCGGUAACUUUGACUACAUACACAUGGGGGCCGGGCAAUGGUUCUUGAAAACCGCAAUCUACUAUGAGAACAACACGAUUGUAGGGUGUCACAAUUGUAAGAAAGAGAACGUAUCGGAACUCGGAUUCGUUUACGCGUACCGUAAAGCUUUGCAAACGGCUCUCAACUUCAUCAUGAGGUCGGACCACACGGUUCACGCCUUGCUUCGGACCACGAUACCCGAUCAUUUCGAGAACGGAGAGUGGAACACCGGAGGAUAUUGUAAUCGGACGGUUCCAUUCAAAGAAGGAGAGAUCGAACUUAGAUACAUCGACACGAUAAUGAGAGAUGUGGAAUUGGAAGAAAUGAAGGCGGUUGGGGCUAUGAACCCAUCGAGAAAAGGGUCGACUUUGAAACUGUUUGAUACGACCCAUUUGUCGUUGCUGAGGCCCGAUGGGCACCCAGGCCCAUACCGCGCAUUUCAUCCGUUUGACGGGAAAGAUACGAAAUCUAAAGUUCAAAAUGAUUGUUUGCAUUGGUGCUUGCCUGGGCCAAUUGACUCAUGGAAUGAUUUACUUAUGAACAUAUUGCUUAGAGGUUAAAGAUGGGAAGUUCUUUUGGUACAGGUUUUGACUCAUGGUUUCAUUGUACUUUCUGAAGCAAAUAUAGAUUGUAUCUCACUCAGACACCAGGUAAUAUAUACGUAACCUGGGGUAUAACACGUACAUCUUACCUUUUACCUGAAGAGUAGAGUGAUUGUUUUCAUUAAGAUUCUCGACUAGUGAAAAGUAUGAAAGGGAGAGGUUACGAGUCUAAUGGGUCAUUUACCACCGCU